AUGGGUCACCCCGCAGGUCUCCGUGCUGGUACGAGAUAUGCCUUCUCUCGGAAUUUCCGGGAGAAGGGUAUGAUCAGGCUCUCGACCUACCUGAAGACGUACAAGGUUGGCGAUAUCGUCGACAUCAAGGUCAACGGUGCUGUUCAGAAGGGUAUGGCCCACAAGGUCUACCACGGCAAGACCGGCGUCAUCUACAACGUCACCAAGUCGGCGGUCGGCAUCAUCAUCUACAAGAAGGUCAAGCACCGGUACCUCGAGAAGCGCAUCAACGUCCGUAUCGAGCACAUCCAGCCCUCGCGGUCACGGGAGGAUUUCCUCCGCCGUGUCAAGGAGAACGCCGAGUUGAAGAAGCAGGUCAAGGUUGAGGGCAAGCCUGUGCAGCUCAAGAGGCAACCCGCCCUGCCCCGUGAGGCCCGCACGAUCCCGUCCGAGUACAACAAGCCGGAGACUGUCGCGCCCGUUGCGUACGAGACCACGAUUUAA